CUUUUCCCCCCAAGCAUUUCCGUGCCGCUAUCCGAUCUGUCUUACAGCCUGACACGAGCGCGCGCAACGACACAUACCACGAAUACGAAGACGCGGGACAAUGUCUCUCGCAUAUAUCAACAAGAAGCUACGGCGCCAGUCGAAGCAGGAUGAUGUAACCACAACUGAGGUUCCCACCACUGCUCCACCGGCCCCCGCCGUGACUGCACCUAGCGAGGAGCCGGCCGCAUCGCCAGUGCUCGACGAGGAAGACGAGAAGUUCCUGCAGCGGCUAGCUGCGAUCGCACAGGAGCCGGAAGGUCCAGCGCCGCCGCUGCCUACACGACCUGUCGUCGUGCUGGACGGAGGAGAGAAGAAGGUCGGCAAGGAUGCGCAGGAGGCGAUCAUGGACGGAGCGAACGCUGUACCGCUUCCCGUGAGCCCACCGGAGGUUGAUGCACAGAAGGGCGGGCUCAGCAGGAAAGAAAGCGUGAUGUCGUAUUUCUCACGGCUGCGAAAGACGGGCGAUAAGGACAAAGGGAAAGAGAAGGAAUCCAAAGGCAAAGACAAAGUCACGAGCAAGGACAAGGCGAGAGCGGCCGACGACCUCAUGGCAGCCGCAGAGGCCGCCAAAGUGUCUGAGGCAGACGAAGUCGAGAAGGAGAACCAGGACCUCACCCAAAUCCUCGACCAACUCAACCUCAGCGCCGUCAACAACCGCGUCUUCAGCUUCUCCAAGGAGUCGGAAGAGCUACUGAACAAAUUCAAGCUCGUCCUCAAGGACGUCGUCAACGGCGCCCCAACAGCAUACGACGAUAUGACGAAGCUCUUCACCGAGUCCGAGACCCAAAUGAAGAAGAUGUACGAAAGCCUGCCCCCGUUCCUACAAAACCUCGUCAAGAGCCUCCCCACCAAAAUGACAGCCGCGCUCGGCCCAGAGAUCCUCGCAGCCACGGCCGAAAAGCCAGGCUUCGACGCGAAACAGAAGUCCGGCUUCAAGCCCUCGAAGCCCAAGAUCCCGAGCCUCAAACAACUCAUCUCCGCGCAGGGAGCCGUCGCCACGAUGUUGAAGAGCAUCCUCAAUUUCCUCAAAUUGAGGUUCCCGGCGCUCAUGACUGGCACGAACGUUAUUCUCAGUCUCGCUGUGUUCCUCCUCAUGUUCGUCUUCUGGUACUGCCACAAGCGCGGCCGCGAGACACGCCUCGAGAAAGAAGGCCUCGCCGCCCAGGAAGGCGACUCCGCAUUCGCCAGCAGCGCCUCAUCCUUCACCGACAACGACGCCGGAAGCGGAGGCGGAGAGGCAUCCGCAUCUGCGAUCGAGAAGGGCGAAAGCAGCAGGGAGAAGCCAGAGCCACCGCUCAUCAUCGGGGACGAUAACGACAGGGACGUCGAUGUUGCUGCCACAGCCGCGGUCAACGACCUCCCCUCCGUCGCGCAUCUUCCAGACCCGAAAUCUGUCCCCUUGCCUGAGACACCGGCGCGGGAGGAUCCGCUGCCUGUGCCUGGGAACAAGUAGGUUUCUGAUGGCGUGGUGCGGGCAUGAAUGACGACGAUGACACAACGAGCGUCCCUUUUUCUUUCAGUUGUAGAUUGAUAUCCCCCGACCUGAUAUUUUGUUCUACUUGCUUGGUUAUGAGAAAUGGAGCACAUGACUUUCCCCUUCCCUAAUGAGAAUAAUGAACGAGGAUAAUUACCCAAGGCGCUGUGAAUACGUACUCCCACACAUGACAUGUACAUCCAUGUUUGAGAGGGAAAAUUAGAUAGAUAAAUUCGAUUUAAUAAUUUUGCUUUCAGGAAAAGAUUCGCUAUUAAUUACUGAUUUCGCUAGAAGAGUCGAGGAAGGAAAAAGCACCACCACACUUCCUCGGUACUACGGACGUGGAAAAUCGCGUUCUAUGAGUCGUUGUGUUUAAAAGGGAUGUUAGAUUAUGAUGCCGUGUUGUCUGGUUUCCGGCCAUAUACGACGACGCUGGA